AUGGAUGAACUGGUGCAGUGGUUUUAUGCGCAAGGUGGUGGUCUGGACGAGUCAUCCAUGGGCCUGACCAACUUCGCCGGCCAAGGACGGGGAGCCGUAGCUCUUCGAGAUCUUCCAGAAGGACACACACUGUUUACCAUUCCCCGCGAGCUAACGCUGUCCGUGCGCACGUCUUCGCUGCCCGCUCGGCUGGGAAUGGAGUCUUGGAAGCAGUUUGGGUUACAUAUUGGAUGGACUGGGCUAAUAUUGUGCAUGAUGUGGGAAGAAUCCCUUGGGCCUUCGUCUAGGUGGUCGACAUAUUUACCUACCCUUCCAUCCAACUUUGACACGCCAAUGUUCUGGUGUGAGGAAGACUUACGAGAAUUACGAGGUACCGCAGUGGUAGACAAAAUUGGCAAGGACGAUGCUGAAAGAGACUACCAUGAAAAGCUAGUACCGGCAAUAAAGAGUCGACCCGACCUGUUUCCAGAAGAGCUCAUCCCACAAAAUUAUUCAAUGGAGCGCUAUCACAUCAUGGGAAGCCGUAUAUUGUCCAGGACUUUUCAUGUGGACCCAUGGAAGCCCGAAAAUGGCGAGAAAGGCCAGCAAGAGGAAAGAAGCGAAGAGUCAGAUCCGGAUCCACAUUCGAUGGAUGUGGAUGUGGAACCUCCUGCGGAGACUCACGAACCCUUGAUUGGACAAAGAGAGGAGGAGAACGGUGAUAUUGACGACGACGACGACGAAGAAGAAGAAGAUGACGAGGACGAGGACGGAGAGAAUCCGGCAGAUGUGGCUAUGGUGCCCAUCGCGGAUAUGCUAAACGCCCGCUAUGGAUCAGAAAACGCCAAGCUUUUCUAUGAGGAGCGUGUAUUGCGCAUGGUCACCAUAAAACCGAUCAAAUCCGGAGAACAGAUAUGGAACACGUACGGUGACCCCCCAAAUUGUGACCUUCUUCGCCGCUACGGCCACGUCGACCUCGUUGACCUAUCGCAGCCGCUUUCCGGCAAGGGAAACCCAGCAGAUGUAGUGGAAGUUCGUGCAGACCUCGUCGUUGCUUCUGUGUCCAAAACGCCUGCCAGCGAUCUGCAGGACAGAGUGGACUGGUGGCUGGAGCUCACCGAUGACGACACGUUCGUUAUUAUGACCGACUGCGAGCUACCAGAGGAGUUAGCAUCUUUUGUGAGGCUACUUUUUCUUGCGAACGAUGAGUGGGAGAAGGCGAGGAAGAAAGGCAAGCUGCCGAAGGCAAAAGUCGAUCCGUCAACCCUCUCCAUUGUAGCCGAUGUCCUCGAACGACGUCUUCGUGAAUACCCGACUACCAUAGAGGAGGACGAGCAAUUGCUUGUGCCCGAACGCGCAGGCCACUUGUCAACUAACAAGAAGCACGCAGCAAUAGUCAGACUUGGAGAGAAGCGCAUCUUGGACGGGACUCUACGAAAGGUGAAGGAUAUGAUGUCUGUCCAUGGAGCUCAGAAGGGCAAAGACAAGAAAAGAGGUUCUGACAGACACGGAGACGAUGCAGAACGGCGAGUGAAGAAAUCCAGACGAUAG